AUGUCCGAAGCCCUGGCAGCACGCGAGCCAUUGCGCGUCCUUACUCCAUUUCCAACCAAGCAAAUGACCAUUCUCGCGCUUUGUCGGAUCUGUGAACCCAUCGCAUUUAUGUCCAUUUUUCCCUAUGUUUAUUAUAUGAUACAGGAUUUCGGGGUGACCAAACAUCCAUCUGAGAUAUCCAUCUAUGCUGGCAUGGUGACAUCUGCAUUUGCCUUGGCAGAGUUCUCCUCCGGCCUUGCAUGGGGAAGACUGAGCGAUCGUAUUGGGAGAAAACCGGUCCUAUUGGCUGGGCUUUCAGGAACAGCUCUCAGUAUGCUCUCGUUUGGAUUUGCGACCAGUCUGCCUGUUGCUCUCAUGUCUCGCGCUCUAGGAGGCCUCCUAAAUGGGAAUAUUGGGGUGUUACAGACGACUGUUGCCGAACUAGUUCCCGAAAAAGAACACCAACCUCGCGCCUUUUCUCUAAUGCCAUUUGUAUGGUGUCUUGGAUCUAUACUCGGACCUAUAUUAGGCGGGGCACUAGCGAGACCCGCAAUAAGUUACCCGGCAAUCUUCGCCUCUGAAUCGCUCUGGGGCAGAUAUCCCUAUCUACUACCCAAUCUUGUCUGCACAAUAAUCAUAACUUUUGGUGUGAUUUUUGGUGUCCUCUACCUUGAAGAAACACAUGCAGACAAAAAGCAUCUCCAUGAUCCCGGUCUCGCAGCUGGUAGGUGGAUUAUCACUAAAUUCCCACAGUGGGAUUAUAAUGCUUCAUGUAUCACGAGCGAAAAGGAUGAUGAUGUGCAAGAAACGACAGGAUUACUCAAUGCAGAGCAACCUUCAAACUAUUGUGCUACGAUGAACGAGCUAGCCCCUCUUCCUAUCAUCAGUCCUGUCAGCCAAAUAGAUAACCCUCUACCUACGUCUAAGCCAGCUGCGUCAAAGGCAUUCACCAAUCAAAUUAUCCUAAACAUAAUUGGAUAUGGUAUUCUUGCAUAUCACACUAUUGCUAUUGAUUCGAUGCUGCCCACCGUUUUUAGCACGCCGACGCCUCACGAUACCAGCUCAUGGCGACUCCCGUUUAAAUUUGUCACUGGUUAUGGUCUCAGCACAAAAGAGAUUGGAAUCAUUCUUUCAGUGCAAGGAAUCUUUUCAAUGUUCGCUACACUCUGCCUAUUUCCGAGCAUCGUCCGAUUCAUGGGCGUUCUUCGACUUUUCCGGACUGUCGCCUUCAUAUAUCCAGCUCUUUACUUUCUCGUGCCUUACUUCACUCUCUUACCGCCAGAAUAUAGCAAAUUAGGUAUUUACGUUCUAGUCAUCUGGAAAUGUACCCUCUCAACCAUGGCCUAUCCGAGCAACGCUAUCAUGCUUACAAAUUCGACUCCUUCCUUCCUUACACUUGGUAUGAUCAAUGGUGUGGCUGCAUCAACUGCAAGUCUAUCUCGUGCAUUUAGCCCUACUUUGUCGGGACUCCUCAUCUCUACUGGUGAGAAGCUGGGGUACUCUGGUCUUCCUUGGUGGUGUAAUACAGUAAUCUCUAUUAUCGGUGCCGUGCUAGCUCUCUUCAUGGUAAAAAAUGACAACCGCCCAGAUGUUAACGAGAAAUCCGAUGAGGAGCUUGAGAGAAGAAUCAAUCAAAUAGUUCUCGCUUCCCGCUCAAUUGAAGAUGAAUUAUAA